UAUCCAUCAUGGCUUCUGCUGCUACCAUUUCGCCAUCAGAAGCAGAACCACCAAAGGUUCAUGCAUCCGAUAUUCCAAGCAUCAAAGCCUUUGCUGAAUCAAGCGUAGCCUCUCUCAUCCCUUCUACUUUCCACUCUAUCAUAGAUCCUCAUGAUGAUGUUGCAAAAGAGCUUGAAGCUUUCAUCCCAGUCAUUGACUUGUCUCUCCUCACUUCACAUGACCCUGAAAUCCAUGCCAAAGCGGUGCAUCAACUCGGCAAGGCAUGUGAGGAGUGGAGUUUCUUCAUUCUCAUAAAUCAUGGGAUUCCCGAGAAAAUGAUGGAAGAGGUGAUGAACAAGUCUAUCGAGUUUCAUGAUUUGCCUGUGGAGGAAAAGGAGGAGUUUAGAGACAAAGGGCCACUCGCAGCCAUUAGGCACGGCACCAGCUUCUGGCCUCAAUCAGAGAAGGUUCAUUUUUGGAGAGAUUAUCUCAAGGUCUUCACACAUCCUGAAUUCAACUUCCCCCACAAACCACCAGGUUACAGGGAGAUUGUAUUUGAUUAUGGCCAGAAAAUCAGAGCUGUGGCAUGGAAAUUGCUUGAAGGAAUAUCAGAGAGCUUGGGAUUAGAAUCCAACUCCUUAAUUGAGUCAACAGGUUUUGAGUCUGGCAUACAGAUUUGUGCUGUGAACAUGUAUCCAGCAUGUCCACAGCCACACCUUUCACUUGGGAUGCCUUCACAUUCCGAUAUAGGCUUAAUGAACUUCUUGAUGGAGAAUGGAAUUGGAGGGCUUCAGAUCAAGCAUGAUGGCAAGUGGGUCAACGUCAACCCUCCUCCAAACUCCCUAGCUGUCAUACUAGGCGAUCAACUUGAGAUUGUGACUAAUGGGAAGUAUCCUAGUGUCAUACACCGAGCAAUUCUCAACAACACAAACAAUAGGGUGAGUGUUGUGCUGGCGAAUGGACCCGCGCUAGAAAAGGAAAUUGGGCCACCGCGGAAGCUAUUGGAGAAAGAAAAGCCAUUGUUCAAAAGUAUCACGUUCAAGGACUAUUUCCAAUUUCAGCAGAAGUCACGUUUAAGUGAUAAAUAUGCUUUGGACGUGAUUGGCCUUAAUACUUAACAAUGAUGUUCUAUCUAUGUGAGCUAGUCCUUUGAUCUGGAUGGUUGGGAAACUAUACCCCCAUUUUAAGUAUAUAAAUAAUGCUGUGAGUUUGUAUGAUGCGAUAAGUAAUGUCAAGUAUUUGGUGUGUUUAUUGUUGU